AUGUCAGCAGAAGAAACCAAGAAAUUGGAGGAUCUCUCUAUCAACAAGCCCGCUGCCCCAGAAGGAGAAGUCAUUUUGGGUGAAGAUGGCCAGCCAUUGUCUAAGAAGGCAUUGAAGAAGUUGGAAAAGGAAAAGGAAAAGGCCCGCAAAAAGGCUGAAAGAGAAGCCCAGUUGGCCAAGGAAAAGGCUGAGAAGGAAGCCCAAGCUGCAAAUGACCCAGCCAAGGAAAACUACGGUAAGUUGCCUUUGAUUGUGUCCGACUCCAAAACCGGAAUCAAGAGAAUCCAAAUCAAGGACUUGUCGGCCGCCAAUGACGGAGAAGAGGUUGUUUUCAGAGCAAGAGCACACAACUCCAGACAGCAAGGUGCUACCAUGGCGUUUUUGACUUUCAGACAACAAGACAGCUUGAUCCAAGGUCUCAUCAAGGCCAAUGGAUCUACUGUGUCGAAGCAAAUGGUUAAAUGGGCAGGUGCCAUCAACUUGGAGUCGAUUGUUGUGGUCACUGGUGUUGUCAAGAAGGUUGAAGAGCCUAUCAAGUCUGCUACCAUUCAAGACGCUGAGAUUAUGAUCUCCAAGAUUUACACCAUCCAAGAAACCCCAGAGCAAUUGCCAAUGUUGAUUGAGGAUGCCAUUAGAUCUGACGCUGAUGCUGAAGCUGCCGGUUUGCCUGUCGUCAACUUGGACACCAGAUUGGAUGCUCGUGUCAUUGACUUGAGAACCCCAACCAACCAGGCCAUUUUCAAGAUUCAACACGGUAUUUGUGCAUUGUUCAGAGAGUUUUUGUCAAGCAAGGGCUUUACUGAAAUUCACACCCCUAAGAUUCUUGGCUCUGCUUCAGAAGGAGGCUCCAACGUGUUCGAAGUUUCUUAUUUCAAGAGAUCCGCUUACUUGGCGCAAUCUCCUCAAUUUUACAAGCAACAAUUGAUUGCUGCCGAUUUCGAAAAGGUUUUCGAGGUGGCUCCUGUUUUCAGAGCCGAAAACUCCAACACCCACCGUCACAUGACUGAGUUUGUCGGUUUGGACUUGGAAAUGGCUUUCGAAGAGCAUUAUGACGAGGUGAUGGAAGUGUUGGAGAACUUGUUUAUCUUCAUUUUCACUGAGUUGAAGAACAGAUACGCAAAGGAGAUCGCCACUGUGAGAAAGCAGUACCCAGUUGAGGAGUUCAAGUUGCCUGCUGACGGAAAGAUGGUCAGAUUGCACUUCAAGGAAGGUAUUGCCAUGUUGAGAGCUGCAGGUAAGGAAGUGGACGACUUUGAAGACUUGUCUACUGAAAACGAAAAGCUUCUAGGCAAAUUGGUCAGAGACAAGUAUGACACCGACUUUUACAUCUUGGACAAGUUCCCAUUGGCUGUGAGACCUUUCUACACCAUGCCUUGUCCAGAAGACCCUAGAUACUCCAACUCUUACGAUUUCUUCAUGAGAGGUGAGGAAAUCUUGUCUGGUGCCCAACGUAUCCACGACCCAGAGUUGUUGAAGGAAAGAAUGAAGGCCCACGAAGUGGACUACACUAUGGACGGUGUCAGUGACUACGUGGAUGCUUUCACCUACGGCUGUGCUCCUCACGCUGGUGGAGGUAUCGGAUUGGAAAGAGUGUUGAUGUUCUUCUUGGAUUUGAAGAAUAUCCGUCGUGCCUCUCUCUUCCCUAGAGACCCUAAGAGAUUGAGACCAUGA